AACCUCGGCGCUCGCCGUAGACCGGAGUCCAAGAUGGCGGCCUCAAUGUCAAUGGCUCUGAAUCGGAUUCGUCUGGUCCGGCCUCUCCCUCGGUGUUUACUGAGACCGAACAGGCAAUUGAGCACUUCCACAUGGCGACUGGCACAAACUCAAACCAAGGACAGGCAACUCAUCACAGUUGAUGAAAAAUUGGAUAUCAGUCCAGUAACCGGGGUUCCAGAGGUCCAAGUAAAAACACGGCGAGUGAGGAUUUUUGUUCCGGCACGGAAUGCAAUGCAAUCUGGUGUGAACAACACAAAGGUUUGGAAGCUGGAGUUUGACACCAAGGAACGCUGGGAAAAUCCUUUAAUGGGUUGGGCAUCCACAGCUGAUCCACUAUCAAAUAUAGAUAUAAGUUUUACCACCAAGGAGGAUGCAAUUGCCUUUGUGGAAAAAAAUGGUUGGAAUUAUGAAGUAGAGGAAAAGAAAGUAAAGGUGCCCAGACCAAAGUCAUACGGUGCAAACUUCUCUUGGAACAAAAGAACCAGAGUAUCAACGAAAUAAAUAUCAUCACAGUUACCCAUUUGACAAAGAAUAAAAUCAACUGUUAAUCUUAACAUCUGAAUAAAUGUGACUGCUAAAUGA